CCAUUACAUGUAUGCUGAUGUGACUGUUGAAAGUUAUAUAUUUCAAACUGAAAAUGCAUUGGGAACGUUCGAUUUGUGACUAUCGGACAUGGGAGCCAUCCUGAGAAUCAUUGCGUUCAUCGUAUUAUGUUGAGAAAUCCAUGCAUAUAAAUAUGAAAGUGAUCGCAUAUGUAUGAGUUAAUUUCACCUCAAUUUCACCUCAAUUUCACCUCAGUUUCAAACAUUUCCCUUGAACAAUAUUUUAUAACCUUGAAAUUAUUUCCAUAAAUGUUUCAGUUAGUUCAAAACAAUAGUAUCGUGCUCACGGUACUAGCAUAUUCAUAUUGUUAUUAAGCUUCCCGAGAUGGAAUUUUUAGUACAAAAGACGCUUCCUCCAAAGCAAAACCGACAGUCUAAAAGGCGCAGUUGUUCUGAGUAAACUUAAGGAAAACCCGUCACUAUGUUAAUACCAACGUCGUAUUUAUUUCUUAUUUUUUUAAGUCUCAUAAAUGUGGCGGAAAAUCAGGUACCGCUGCCAUCAUAUAUGUUAGCAACAUCACCUGAGCCUCCCUUCGUGGAAAUCCCUGGAAUUAAAAGCAGUUACUUUGCCUUGAUUGCGAGAGACACGUUAUAUCUGUUGGCUACUCGGCUUCAAUUUUCUUUGACCAUAACGCACCCACCUGAUUUCCUGUUCGGAGGUUACAACAAUGGCAAAUGGGACGGCAUCAUCGGACAGCUAUUGCGAAAAGAGGCCGACUUAGGUGCAAGCUUGAAUGCUAUUACUUAUGCCCGAUAUACAGCAAUCGACUUCAGCGUCCCGGUGAUAUACGACGUUACUGGUAUUCUAAUUCCUUUUCCGGAUGAAUCUUCAAAAAUCAUGGCAGCCCUUCAGCCAUUUAGUAUAGAGGUAUGGAUGGCUUUCUUCUCCGCGACCUUCCUGAUAUGCCUAACCUUAUCAGUGGAAGGGAAAAUCAAUUCAAGCAAAAAAACAUUUGGAGACCACAUUAUGUGGGUUAUUAGCAUCAUAACUAGUCAAGGUUUUGGAUAUUGCGAAAAUCGAUUAGCCUUGCGUCUUACAGGAGCCACCUGGAGUUUAACAAACGUAGUGUUUAUCUACGUAUAUACAGGAGUGUUGACAUCCCUGCUGGCCGUCCCCAACUAUGUUCCAAUUAUUAACACUUUAGACGAAUUAGCUACAAGUUCGAUUAUAAAGCCCGUGACGAUCAGGAGCACCGCAGUCGACGAUAUGAUGCUGAAUGCCAAAAAUGGAACGUAUAAGUUAAUCGGCGAUACUUUCCGGAAAUAUCCAAACGAAACCUUGGUAGCCAAUACGCUUGUUGGUGUCAACAGAGCCGUUGAAGGGGGCUAUGGAUUCUUAGAGCCAAGAACCUCGCUUCUAUCGCUAAUGGAGAAUGAUCGCAAGGAACACAAAGUUUGCCGAGUCACUUUGGCCAAGGAGACAUUUUACCCUAGAGCCUUUGCAUACCUUCUCCCAAAGAAAAGUCCCUUCAAGGAUGCAUUUGAUCGACAGAUAUUGCUGUUCCAACAAUUUGGAUUUAUCAUUCACUUUCAAAGAAAAAUUGUCUUGCAGAGUAACCGUUGCCUACUGCAAAAAAAGAAAGUUCGAAGCCGAGCACCCAGAUUUACUUUGGAUCAUGUCAGUAGUUCAUUCGUCAUUCUUUUUGUCGGAUACGCUGCUUCAUUCUCUAGUUUUGUCUUCGAAAAUAUCAGAAAUACUUUCGACUACGAUUGGUAGAAACACGUACACACACAGUCGAAUAGAAAAAGGACGUAGGAGGUAGGAUUUUAUACAUGUAGUCCGCCCAGCCUUGCAUAGAAGUGGAAAAUAAACAAAUAUUGAGUGCAAGAAAAGAAAAACUUCUUUUCUUAAACACGCAA